UCCAAAGAAACAUCAAUGGAAAGCCUUGCUGUGAGAGUUAUUCCGGUCCCCAAACCCUCUUUUUUCCACAGGAAAAAGGGUUUCCCUUCUUGGCCACCGUGUAAGCAGAGCAGCAGCAGCUCCCAUUCUUUCACCCGGUUAAACUGUCACAAAAUGUUUGUACCUGGGUUUGGAGAGGCAUCACCAGAGGCAAAGGCAUCCAAAAACCUACACCAUUUCUUCAAUUACAUAGCUGUUAAGAUAGUCGGUGCACAGCUUGAGAGCUACAACCCUGAAGCUUACGAGGACUUGAUGGAGUUUCUGGAGACACACUCGUUGAACGAUGGGGAUGAGUUUAUUGCCAGCUUGAUGAGGGAAUCUCCAAGCCAUAAAGCUCUAGCCCUGCGCAUCUUAACGGUACGAUCUGCAUAUUGCAAACAUGAUUUCGAGUGGGACAACUUAAAGCGCUUAGCUUUCAAGAUGGUGGAGGAAUCCAACACAAAACUCAUGAGGGAAUAUGUUUUGGAAACCAGUCAUAUAACCGAAAAAGAAACCGGCAAGUGAUCCGACUCUCGGCUCGAGCUCGCCGAUGCCUCUUUGGGUCAGAUAGAUUAUACAUGAAGGAUGGAAUUGUUGUGGUGUAUCCUACCUCGUUGUAUCCAAAUACACAGUACAUAACAGAGUAUUAAACAAAGAAGUA